UUCAGUCAUAUCAGUCUGUAGUAAUGACAUGCACGCACUUUGAGGAGCAGAGAGUUGGACAUUUGAGAUGAAAGUCCAAUAAGACCAGGUCCUUAAUUUAAUCGUAAGACAGGUGCAGUUUAUCUUGACAUAACUAUACAACUGAUAGGCAAAACCAGUAUCUUGCCAGCCGUCUUUUCUCUGCCUUAUAAGUAACUGCCAAAAUGAAACCUCCUUUGUUGAUUAGACUUUUGAGCCCGACCUUUGUGUAUCUCGCUCCUGUCCCAUACAACUUUUUUGUUCCUAAUAAAAGUUACUUAACUAUGUGUUAUUUUUGUUUUUGCCCCCUUUUUUCAUUUUUAGGUUCUGCAAAAAAGGCUCUCUUGAGACAAUUUGAAUUCCCUUUAACUCGAACAGAGACUAGAUGUUAUACUCAUCAUGUCUUGUCCUAUGAACAACAGUCAAAGUGGGUGAUUGGCAAGGACAGCGUGGCAGUCCCCUCCCUUUAUAAGGUGAUCCUCCUAGCUCGCAGAAGCCCAGUGUCCACUGAACUGCUGACACUAGGGGUCUUCGUGGUGCCCAGUGAAGCCAUCAGCUUCCAGCAUCAGUCAUAUGAAUCGCAGGUGAGACUUCAGGGCAUGGAGAAGUUGCUGGAACUGGCAUUUUUUCAUUUGCAUGGAGUCAGUGGCAUCAGGAAUAUCUGCUCUGUGGCCUGUAAGCUCCUGGGCUUCUAGGAGUUCACGCUGUACGUCAGCACAACCGAGGGGGACUGAUCAGUGUUCAGACUGGAAAAGGUCAUGGAAAAUUUGAAAAAUGCAGGGAUUGAACCAGAUGACUACUUCAUGAUGCUCUAGAAGAAACUAGAAGAAUUCGAGGCUAGGGAGCAGUGAGGAAUCCUAGAGAGAAAGCCAGCGUGAAGUUACCCUGGGAGUCGUGCAAUGUCAUUGUGACAGAGCAGGCGUGCCCUCUUCAGGCUAAUAUAUUUUAGUGGCUUUGCUUUAAAGAAAUGAUGGAAUCCUAAAUUUAAGACUAAAUUUCACUCCAAAAGGUGGAAGAGCUAACAUAUUUUGAUCAGUAUUUGAUUUAAUGUGGAAACAAAUUAGUAAGGAAACUAUAACACCGGUAGACUUGUGUCAGGUAGGCAGGAGGGCUGUGUCCACAAGGUGGCACUGUUUUUGUGUCCCUCAGGAUGCGUGGUAUGAGAAGGCCUUUUAUUACUGUGUCUCCAAAUGUACAAUGUCUUUAGUGUAUCUGCCCAGCCUUCGUGGAACCUGAUAUUGUACAUUUCCCUGGGGCCACUCUUCGUUUUUACACGUAGAAGUUUUGGUGGUGUACAACAGUGACGCUAAAUUGUUGUCUCAACAAUUCCAUAAAAAUCCUUCCAAAACAAACCUUAAAACGUAAAUAUUGGGUAGAGCUUAAAAUUUUCCUCUGAGUCAAAUCACUUCUACCUCUCUGGUGGGAAUGUGGACUAUUUGAAAUGACUCUGAUGAACCAGAUCUGUGGACCUCUCCCCAGCAUCAGGGGGUCCCUCCAAUCAAAGAGGCACCUGAUGACCCACCCUGAGCAAGUCUUCACCCAGUCAGACCCUCCCUGGGUCUGGCUCCUGUCUGCCUCCACUCCCAGCCUCUCCGUCCAGCCUGCUUUCCUGGAUGGCAUUCUUGAUGGAAAUUAUUUAUCAGGGAUCCAGUGCUGCCUUUUCUAGUCCUGCCCCAGCUGCGGACCAGAAGGGCUGUUGGAAGGCCUCACAGGAUGAACUGGACUUUGAUGCAGGCCUUCUAUAACUGGGGGCAGUGGGUUUGUGGUGGGGGUGAGCUGCUCUCCUGAACUUGCUGGAAUGGCCAAGGGGCUGGUCUUUCCCUGAGUGCACACUACCUCCAGAAGUAAGUUGUAGAUAUGGCACUUCACUUUUUAAUACUUUAGCCUGUGGCACUAAGAAUGAAGAUGUUCUAUAUUUCCAAAAUACUGUUAUCACAUCUAAGAAAAUUAUCAAGGUUCAAUAUCUAAUAAACAUCUGAUCAUCUAAUAAUAA